AUGUGCUCCUUAUGGCAGGUGCUGCUGCAUUUCCACCUGGAAGGCGGGUGUGGGGAGCCGGGGUCCCGGGCAGCAGAGUCCAGCUGCUCCCAGACGAGGCACCCCCGCCCUGGGUCCCGGAAGCAGCCGGAGGUGCAAACCCGCUCGCUGGCUGCCUGUCGCUGCUUGCCCGCCAUCAGUGGGAACAGCAGUAAAUCCAUGCUGAGGUGCAGGAUACAGAGGCGUUCCUUGUUCCCAGGCCGGCUGACAGCGCUCGCUUUGUCUCCGAGCGUGGGCCUGGGUGCGCGGGCCGCCGGCGGGUUAACCAUCACCCGAGUGCUCAGCAUGUGA